AUGAGCUUCUCUCUCGGCAGACCAGAGAAACAGAAGCGGAGCGCCAUCGUGACUUUCUCUUGGAAGUUGGUGAGGACGAUGACAGCUCUAGUAGCAGCGACGGCGGGAGUGACUUCAUCAGCAGCAACCAGGCGCGGCAACGGCGCGGUGGUGACGCAGCAGAGGCACGCGACGGUGACAGGCGGCAAUGGCUUCCCCUGUCGUGCUCCCUCUCUCUUCGUGCUCGCCGGCGGUGGCACAAGUGGCGGCGAAAAAACCCUUGUGGUGGUGGCGACAGUUCAGAAGGGACGAGCUUCUCCGGCUCGUGUGCAGCAGCGCCGUUGGGGAACACAGAAACAGCGGCGGCGCCAAGUCCUUCUCCCUCUCUUCCACUUCUCCCGCCACAACUCCCUGUCUCUCUCUCCACGGAUCCCUUCCCCUGCUUUUCCCCCUUCCCCUUCAUUUGUUUUCUUUCUCUCUUCCUAUGUUGUCUCGGCGUGUGUGUGUUUGUGUGUCUAG